AUGGCAACCUACCAACCAUGUUCGUUUCCACGGCCACCAUCGAAGGAGGAGUCCAGUAUAUUCACCAAAGUCAAAUACCAGCUCCAUCUGGCCUACUACCGCUAUGAAGUCAAUACUGGUCAAUAUGUCAUGUCACCUGGAGAGAAGCUCACAUACAACCUCGUCGUGUUCUCAUUACUGGGUCUCUUCUUCUUUGCAGUAUCCUACUGCCUUCCACGCUCAGCGAUUGCCGCAAUCCACAGACUGGUGUACGACCUGACUGGCCACCGGCAAGCUCUCAUCAACAUCCUGCGAGCUAUGGAUGGAGUAGUGCAGCAGAGCUCAGGUGGAGUCAUUGCACGUCUGAAAGGCGCGGGAGUCGUGGUCGCACUCAACUCGAACGACACCGAUGUAUUUGCGAUGCGCUGA